GGUCAGCUUCAAAUUUUAAAGAGGAAGAAGAAAUGCACUAUUUGACAGAAAAUGGCCGACUGGCAGUGUGGAAAUAAUUUCCUUCUGCUCCAAGCACAAUUUUAAGGUGUCCUACGUUAGAUCAUGCAUUGCUGCAUUUAGCAAAAAAUACAUAAUGUUUAAAAAGGCGAAACGAGCUAACUUUCGACGGAGGAAUGAGUCCGACGAGGACGAACAGGAGGAGAGUCGGCAGCCGCCGCCAGUGGCGCCGAUAUCGUUUGGGCCUGCCGUGGAGGAAAUCCCGUUUAUGGAGACUUCCAAUUACAGCGUUACUGGAGCACCUAGCACCACGGAUAACUAUCAUAGCAACGGCUUUCAGCCUAAUGCGAACAGUGUAAGAGCUGUCAAAAAAGAAAAGAAAGGUAAAGAAACCGCCAUCGUAGCAGCUACGGUUCCUGGACCCACGAAAGCCAGUUUGCUGAGUUUCGUCGAUGACGAAGAAGGAUCCGAAGUGUUCAGAGUGAAGAAAUCCAACCACAGUAAGAAGAUUGUCAAACAGCUGAAGAAGGAAUACAAGGAGGAUUUGGAGAAGACUGGAGUCAAACAGGAAAUCAAAUCAGAUGUUCCACCUCAGCCUGUGGUUUCAAUCAAAGAGGAAGUUACUAGCAGAGCGGGUAGUGAACAGGGGGAAGAGGAAAUGGAGGUGGAUAGUGCUGAUGAGCAGGAGGAAGAUGCGAAGAGUCAAGGUGGCCAGACACAAGGUCAAGUCUCCAGGAGCAACAACACCGCAGCAACAUUCAACACGCUUUCCUCCCUCAGCAGCCUGAGACCAGGGGAGAUUCCCGAUGCAGCAUUUAUCCAUGCUGCCAGAAAGCGCCGGCAACUAGCUAGAGAGCUGGGGGGUGAAACCCCUCUGGUUGAGACAGAGACUCCCAAGAAACGAAUGGUACGAGAAGACCAAGAUGCCAGCGACGAUGAAGAUGAGGAAGAGAAGAGGAUCCGCUUUAGCGGUGUCAAGAACAAAAGCCAGAGACAAAAGAUCGCUGAGGAGAUAGGUAUUGAGGGUAGUGAUGAUGAGGCACUGGAUACAGGUCAGGAUGAGGAGGUGAGCCGUUGGGAACAGGAGCAGAUUAGGAAAGGAAUCAGCAUACCCCAGGUCCAAAGCAGCCAGCCAGAGGACAACACGGUCUACUACCAGAACAGCUACGAGAGCCAACCCUAUGGCUCUUCCUACAGCAUGCCUUUUACCUACAGCACUGUGGCCCCGCAGACUGCCAAGCCAACUAGCCGAGCAGACAAUGGCUCUGUUCACUACGGGACCCCUAUUAGUGAUCUUACCCCGGUAUCCAUUGAUCUGGUAAAGAAACGCCUGCAGGAUAGGCUCAGCCAAAUGUGUGCAGGCCACGACUCAAAUGCCAGGCGCUACAAACAGAUCAAAGAAGACCUAGCUGCCUCUGAGAGCGCCAUACAGCAGCUGGAGGGCUCAUCCAAUGACAAUGCAGAACAAUAUAAAUUCUUGCAAGAGAUGCGAGGGUAUGUUGGAGACUUGCUUGAGUGUUUCAGUGAAAAGGUGCCUGCUGUCCUGGAGCUGGAGGCUGCCAUGCACCAGUUACUAAGGCAACGGGCCUCACGACUUGUCCAGAGAAGACAGGAUGAUAUUAAAGAUGAAUCGUCGGAGUUUGCAAGCCUUUCAAAUAAAGCUGUCAUGGCUCCUAAUCUGGACUCGUUUGGUCGAGACCGCACAGCAUACCAAGAGAACAGUCGUCAGAGGAGGAUAGCAGAAAGAGAAGCACGACGAACUCGGCGGCGACAAGCUAGAGAGCAGAAUGGAAAGAGGGCUGAGCAUAAAGAAGGCUUAUCAUCAGAUGAUGAGGAGACCUCUACUGACAUCACCAGCUUCAACAUGGAGAGAGAUCGUAUCAUCAGGGAAUGCAAGAAAGUAUUUGAAGAUGUGGUGGAGGACUUUCAUUCUCUUGACUGCAUCAAAUCCCAUUUUGAAGUGUGGAGGAGAGACUAUGCCAACUGCUACAGAGAUGCUUACAUAGGCCUCUGUCUGCCCAAACUCUUUAACCCUUUAGUCCGUCUGCAGCUGAUUACAUGGAACCCUCUUGAGGCUCACUGUGCAAAUUUUGAGUACAUGCUCUGGUUUGAGUCGCUGUUGUUUUACGGCUUUGAGGAGCACAGCACGUUGCAGAGGGGAGAUGGGGACAUCGGCUUGCUGCCUGCUAUUGUGGAGAAGGUCAUCCUCUCCAAACUGACAGUGUUGGCAGAGCAAGUGUGGGACCCGCUGUCAAACAGUCAGACAGCCAUGCUGGUGGGCUUCAUUCACAGAAUAAUGAAAGGUUACCCUACUGUGCUGCAUGGGGACAACCGAUACACACAGGAACUUUUGAAAACUAUUGUCUUUAGGACCAGGCGGACUCUGGAUGAAGAUGUCUUCCUUCCACUCUACCCCAAAAAUGUGUUGGAGAACAAGAAUAGCGGUCCUUACUUAUUCUACCAGAGGCAGUUCUGGUCUUGUGUGAAGCUGCUGGGCAACAUCCUGCAGUGGGAAGGUAUUUUAUCCAGUUCCUGUCUGAGGGAUCUGGCAUUAGACAGCACUCUGAAUAGAUACAUCCUCUCUGCACUGCAGUCCACGGAUAAUGGGGAGGACAAUGUUCCAAAGUGCCAGAAGGUGGUGGAGUGUUUGCCUGUGCACUGGUUCUCUGGACUGAAAGGCCAGCAGACGUUGCCUCAGUUGGAGCCGUUCUGUCGCUUCCUCACCCACAUGGCCAACUCAUUGCACCGCAACAGUUUGGGUGGGUCUGAUGUGGAGCGGCGCACUGCCAAGGACCAAGUCAAAGAGGUCGUGAAGAUGUUGGGCCAGAUGAAUGCCCUGGACCACAUCAUCACUGUGGCAGCCGAGCAUGGCAUUAAAGACAUCAAGCCCCUUUUGGAAGCCAAGUCGUAGAGGACAUGGCAACAGCAACUUUUCAUUCAUCUUUUGUCCUGUCAGCACAUUUGAAGCCAUGGGGGUCACUAAGUUGGAGUCCUAAAAAAAGUGUGCAUUAAUGGAUUUGAAAUAAAACUCAACUGUUGCUACCUUGCCUGAAAAGAGAAGGUAAAAAACCUUGGUGUAAAUACUGUGAAUAAUGUAUAGAAAGGUGGGCUCAUAUGCUCAACACAAAAGUGAUGCUGACAUGAGGCCUUGUAUUGUCAGCUCUAAAAGACCUCUCUGUUAUACUACAUGCUGACAAGAUUUUAAAUGCAUAAUUUAUUGAGUACAGUUGUUGACAUGGGUUACUGGCAUAUGUUUGGAAAUUAUCGGAUCUCUAAAUUAACACCAUCUUAAAUCUGGCUACCUGUAAAGACUGCAUAACCACCUUUAUUUCUCUCACAUGCUCUACUUUUCUAUAUGUGCCAAAAGGUAGAAAAAAGGUAGAAAUGGCACACUGGCAAAGACUGACAACGAACUUGUCUCCCAGAACUCUGUAGGGCAAUUGAUAUUGUCUUUGUUCUCCCACUUCACCCUACAGUUCUCCUGUGUCACAUGUGGACUGCCCUGAUGACCCUACUACAGCUGAGAGCUUUGUAUUUGUAAGACUUUUGGUUUAGCAUUGUAUUUGCCUGUGAAUAAAAUAUGCAUUUGAAUAAA